GCAGGCUGAGCAGCUCCUGCUGAAGGAGGGCGCGGGCGGAGCGCAGAGGGGCAGUGCCGAGAGGGCUGAGCGGAGCUUGCGGCCCGAGCCGAGCGGAACCGAGCGGAGCCGAGAGCAGCCGAGCGACGGUCUCGGGGAGACAUGCAGAUGAUGACUAGGAAGGUCCUGCUGAACAUGGAGCUGGAGGAGGACGACGAUGAGGAUGGAGAUAUUGGUGAUGUUCCUGACUCCAGGAGACCUUUUCUGGCUCCUCAUACUCCUCUACCAUCCGGUCUGGUGCUGGAAAACUUUGACCAGACAAUUGUCUGCCCCACCUUUGGAUCACUGGAGAAUCAGCAGGACUUCCGGACUCCAGAGUUUGAAGAAUACAACGGGAAGCCCGACUCCCUUUUUUUCACCGACGGCCAGAGGCGCAUUGACUUCAUCCUCGUGUACGAAGAUGAGAGCAAAAAGGAGAACAAUAAGAAAGGGACAAAUGAGAAACAGAAGAGGAAAAGACAAGCUUAUGAAUCUAACCUCAUCUGCCAUGGCCUGCAGCUGGAAGCAACAAGAUCUGUUUCUGAUGACAAGCUUGUGUUCGUGAAAGUGCACGCGCCCUGGGAAGUGCUGUGCACCUAUGCUGAGAUCAUGCACAUCAAACUCCCGCUAAAGCCAAACGACCUGAAAACACGCUCGCCCUUUGGCAACCUCAACUGGUUCACCAAGGUCCUCCGGGUGAACGAGAGUGUCAUCAAGCCAGAGCAGGAGUUCUUCACCGCCCCAUUUGAGAAGAGCCGAAUGAAUGAUUUCUACAUCGUCGAUAGAGAUUCCUUCUUCAACCCUGCCACCAGAAGCCGCAUUGUUUAUUUCAUCCUUUCUCGGGUCAAAUACCAAGUGAUGAACAACGUUAACAAAUUUGGGAUUAAUAGACUGGUCAGUUCUGGAAUCUACAAAGCAGCGUUCCCUCUGCACGACUGCAGAUUCAACUAUGAGUCGGGGGACAUCAGUUGUCCUAGCGAGCGUUACCUCUUGUACAGGGAAUGGGCUCACCCUCGGAGUAUAUACAAGAAACAGCCCUUGGAUCUUAUCAGGAAGUAUUACGGAGAGAAGAUUGGAAUCUACUUUGCUUGGCUGGGCUAUUACACGCAGAUGCUCCUUCUGGCAGCUGUGGUGGGCGUGGCCUGCUUCCUCUAUGGGUUUCUUGAUCAGGAUAACUGCACUUGGAGCAAAGAGGUCUGCGAUCCUGACAUCGGCGGCCAGAUCCUGAUGUGCCCCCAGUGUGACAGGCUGUGUCCGUUCUGGAGGCUGAAUAUCACCUGUGAAUCUUCUAAGAAAUUGUGCAUCUUUGACAGUUUUGGAACCCUGGUCUUCGCUGUAUUUAUGGGAGUGUGGGUUACAUUGUUUUUGGAGUUUUGGAAGCGACGCCAGGCAGAACUUGAGUAUGAAUGGGACACUGUUGAGCUACAACAAGAGGAACAGGCCCGGCCGGAGUAUGAGGCCCAGUGCAAUCACGUGGUGAUAAACGAGAUCACUCAGGAGGAGGAACGCAUCCCAUUCACCACCUGUGGGAAGUGUAUCCGGAUCACCCUGUGUGCCAGCGCUGUCUUCUUCUGGAUCCUGCUCAUCAUCGCCUCUGUGAUCGGGAUCAUUGUCUACAGGCUGUCCGUGUUCAUCGUGUUUUCCACAACGCUUCCCAAGAACCCCAACGGGACAGACCCGAUCCAGAAGUACCUGACCCCACAGAUGGCCACAUCCAUCACAGCCUCCAUCAUCAGCUUCAUCAUCAUCAUGAUCCUCAAUACCAUCUACGAGAAGGUGGCCAUCAUGAUCACCAACUUCGAGCUCCCAAGGACCCAGACUGAUUAUGAGAACAGCCUGACCAUGAAGAUGUUCUUGUUCCAGUUUGUCAACUACUACUCCUCGUGCUUCUACAUCGCAUUCUUCAAGGGCAAAUUCGUGGGCUAUCCCGGGGACCCGGUAUACUUGCUGGGCAAAUACAGAAACGAAGAGUGUGACCCGGGGGGCUGCCUCCUUGAACUGACUACACAGCUGACGAUCAUCAUGGGGGGAAAGGCAAUCUGGAAUAACAUACAAGAAGUCUUGCUCCCAUGGAUUAUGAAUCUAAUUGGACGAUAUAAAAGAGUCUCGGGAUCAGAAACGAUAACCCCACGAUGGGAACAGGAUUACCAUCUGCAGCCCAUGGGCAAGCUGGGAUUGUUCUAUGAGUAUCUUGAAAUGAUUAUUCAGUUUGGGUUCGUCACUUUAUUUGUGGCCUCUUUCCCACUGGCUCCCCUGCUGGCUCUGGUGAACAAUAUUUUGGAAAUAAGAGUGGACGCGUGGAAGCUCACAACUCAGUUUAGACGUAUGGUGCCAGAAAAAGCCCAGGAUAUCGGCGCGUGGCAGCCCAUCAUGCAAGGAAUAGCCAUCCUGGCCGUGGUGACCAACGCCAUGAUCAUUGCCUUCACAUCAGACAUGAUCCCCCGCCUGGUGUAUUAUUGGUCCUUCUCCAUCCCUCCCUAUGGGGACCACACUUACUACACCAUGGACGGCUACAUCAACAACACUCUUUCUGUCUUCAACAUCACGGACUUCAAGAAUACAGACAAAGAAAACCCAUACAUUGGGCUUGGAAACUAUACCUUGUGCAGGUACCGUGACUUCCGAAACCCACCGGGGCACCCACAAGAGUAUAAACACAACAUCUACUACUGGCACGUGAUUGCCGCCAAGCUGGCCUUCAUCAUUGUCAUGGAGCAUAUCAUCUACUCUGUGAAGUUCUUCAUUUCCUACGCAAUUCCGGAUGUGUCAAAUAUCACGAAAAGCAAGAUCAAGAGGGAGAAAUACCUCACGCAGAAGCUGCUUCACGAGAGUCACCUCAAAGACCUGACCAAAAACAUGGGGCUCAUCGCCGAGAGGAUUGGAGGAACGGUUGACAACAGCGUGCGGCCAAAACUCGAAUGAGCGGGAGCGUUAGGCCGAGAGAAGCACUUUAAAGAUAAUUAGCUGUCAGACAUGUGCGAAUCACUAGAGAGGAUGACAUUGGAGUCUUCCCCGUGCCCAUUUCUGCCUGCCUGCGUCGUCUUCCAGUUUCAGCUAGCAGUGCGGGAACUGGAGAACGGAAAACUUUGAUCAGGCAGCGCCUAACACCACCUACCUGGAGGACCUGAAUGUGCUCCCUCUUUUGAUAAAUUGGAACUUUAGUAACAGAUAAAAGCCCCAAGGUGUGCCCAAGUCCUCCCCGGGGACUUUGCUUUUCUGACCUCACGUGUGCAGAGCUCCUUUUCUGUGCUUAAUUUUGCAUUUUGCCAAAUCUAUCCCAGACCUAUUUUGUCCGGACAGCACCAUCACCAAAGACCAGGCAGACCUCAGCCUUAAUCGCCUAUCAACAAUUGCCAGCUCAGGAUUGAGUUAGGAUGCUGUGUUAGGUCCCAGGUAGACUCAAGAGUUCACAGUAUUUCAGUGUCUUACUGUACACUCCAAGGAAGGAGACUCCGCUGCGUAUGAAACAGCUUCUGUAUCGUUUCAGCCUGUAUUUCCACCUCCAAGAAAUACUCGUCUUAGAUUGGCAUGAAGAUGGAGGGUAUUGAAUGAUGAAGCCUGUCCCUGAUACUCCACGGUGACAGACACCUGCUCUCUAGCAAUACUCCCAGCAUGCUCUAGGCCUGACCAACGUUGACUGGCUUCAGAUCUUAAGGGAGUAAGAUGAAAAGGUAGUAGCUCUUGUUGAUCUGAACAGUUAAUUUAUCUCUUCUUGGUAGAUGAUAAUCAAAUGAUUGUAACUGUAUCGUCCUCAGCAUUAUGGGCCGGGGAGCCCAUCUACUUCAUGAGAACAGACUUAGCAGAUGCAGAAAGGUGGCACUACCAAUCACCAAGCGCCUUCUGCCUCUCUCGCUGAAAAAGGCUGGUGGCCUGACGACACUGGGCGUCGUCAGAGCAACAGCCAGCAACCCAAUCACUAGCCAUAUCCUGUGAUCCCUCUGUGGCUGAUGUCACUCACUAGGAACCCUACCGACUUCUCAGCUUGCCAAGGUGACCAGCUUCCUUCCCCGGCUCCGUUCAUUUCCUAGGCCUGCUAACUCAUGUGUAAUCACGGCUGUGCUGGAGACAAGUCUACCCAGAUUGUUGCCCUUUGAGGAAGGAAACCCUGGGUUGAAUCUGAACCCCAAGCCUCCUCUCGGGCCAUCAGGGGGUUAUGGGAAAGGCUGGUUUAUCUCUUGAAGGCUUGCUGCGAAGCCUCAGCUUCCUAGCGCCUUGGCCUCCCUGUUGGUUGGCUGGGCAGUCUCUCUGCAGCCCGUGCUCCGCUUCUCCUCCAGUCCAUCUGAAGGAGACAUGGCGAUACCUCACACCCUUGACUGAUACCGGAGGUCAGUGCUGGGUGAAGAAGGGAGGACCUGCCUCACAUUGUUUGGGGAUCGGGCUGCUGCUGACUGGAUGGGGGUGGAAUGCCUCGGGGCCUAGGAGCCAAGCCAAGGAGAGUGAGCGGUUUUAGAGACUGCCUUCUCAACGCCCGUGGUAUUAAAUGCCCACCACGAAUGAUUUACUAGAGAAUCAACAUGAUUGAUCAAAGCAGUGUCCUGGGCUUUUGAGUGCCCAGGUGGUCAGUGUGGGAGUAUUUCCCUCCUCCCUUGUACUGGGAGUCCAGGGCCCGCCAUACAGUGUCUAUCUGUGCUGAGAUAAAAAUGACUGCCCUCCUCAGUGAGGGAUGUUCUCACUGCACAGCUAAAACCAAGUGCCACCCCUUGCCCCACGCCCCAGACUACCCUGCUCCCUCUGUUACCUCUUUUUCCAGAGCCCGUGCUCACUUCCUAAGGACGGGGAAGUACUCCCACUUAACACCAUAGAAAAGGGAAAACUUCCCUCGCAUAACCCUUCCCUUCCUUUCUUUGUAGACACAAAGAAAAAUGUCAAAUAAAAAGUGCAUUUAUUCACCUAUAUUCCCGAGCCAAGAACUCCCUUCACAAAGUGGAAAAUACCACUGUGGACAGGAGGAGGAGGAAAAAAGCCUUCCUUUUCUGAAAGGAGUACUCAUGGCAUCUGAUGCUACCAGAAUGCUGAACCACAGCAAGGUUGCUGUAGGCUCCCAAUGGCGUCAGUGUCAUUCCUGUGUGGCCUGUGCCAAGUUGGUGAUGGUUAGGAACAGGGGACACCUUCGGAGACAGUGAGGUAGACCCCAGGCCCAGGAAAACCAAGGGCAUGACUGGCCACCCACCUGUCUAGCAUGAACCACUAGAGAAGUUCUAUCCUUUCAUAAUGCCUUUGCAUUUUAAUGGAUUAACUCGGUAGACCCGGUUCUCAGGGGAUUUUUCUUUAAAUGUUCCUCGGAUGUUUUUAGGUAUCCUAUUAGAAGUAGAAGUCCACAAUUUGUCUUGAAAUUAAACGAGGCCUUCUGAUAAUGAGUUUGUCAAGUUUCCCCUUCGCAGGGCACGUGGGUCUUGAGUUUCAUAGGACAUCCGUUUGUGAUGGGGGCAGAGCGGGGUGUGUUGGUCUCACCGGACUUGUAUGUUCGUUCCUACUAUGUUUGAGAAGUGGAGACAGUGCAGAGCUCAGCUGAAGAGGGACUGAAAUUUGUGAUGCUUCCCGUACACUGUGUCCCCAGUGUAAUGUUUGUAACUGAUGUCUGUUAAUUUCUAUGAAUUUUAAUAUUUUUUAAUUAAUGAGCAUUUUAAUAAAAUCAGUUUUACAAACAA